AUGCGUGGCUACGACGGCGGCGACUGCUGCGAGUGCACGUGUGAGAGCCCAUGGGACGACGACAACGACUGGCUCUGCUCCUCCGACGGUUCGGGGUUCGCCUGCAUCGACCCGGCAGCACCGUGUGUUGAAGACGACGAUAUCACCGCCGUGAUGGUGGAGAACUGCGGGCUACGAUGGCGGCGACUGCUGCGCGUGCACAUGCGUGGCUCCACCUGA